AUGAGACCACCAGGGAUCUUUGCCCGUGCUCUCUCCACGGAGGCUCCGGGGCUAGGAUCGAUGGCAGCGGUGAUCCAUGCCUUGGAAUCCAUCAAUCACGUACCGCUGCCCCUGGUAACCCCCAAGAUCUCCCCCGUCACCGCCAAAUGGAGUCAGAUCACUCGACGACUGCUCGGAGUUAUCACCCACGAGUUCGGCAGCGAUGUAUUACGAUGGAAACUCGCCUACAACGUGAGGCGAUGGCAGAGAGAGGUGUUUGACCCAACAAAAAACACCCGUCGUCCCGUGGUGUUCCACCCAUUGGACCAUUACUUACUGACACUCAUUGCGGGUCCCUAUCUCCAGUGGGCCCAACAAAGAGGGCUUGAUCCGUGUCAGUCGGUGACCAAGAUAUUCUUGGAUGAUCCCGUAGCGGCGAUUACCGAGAUUGACCUCGAUAUUCGUCGCCUUUGGCGAGACGAAGACUACUACCGCACGCCCAAGCGCACCCCGCUGUACCUUUUAUUACCUCAAUAUAGCGGAGCCUUACCGGCUAAAGGUGUUCACCAUCUGCUCAACGUGCGGUGGUAUCGCCUGGCGUUGGGGACGGAGCCUCCGUUGGUGCUUGAUUGGACAUUCAAGCAGUCCCAUGUGAUUAAGGAACUUGUGGCAUUGGCAGCGACCAAAGUGGUGGUUGAUGAACCUACAUUAGCUCGGGCAGAAGCAGUGGCAGCUCAGGUGAUGGACAAUCUCGAACGAGAGGGUCAGCUCGCCUACGCCUUGGUCGCUGAACGCAUUCUUCUCAAACACAUGGAGACAGCUGAGCCCAUUGAAAGUACCCCUGCCUCACAAAUUCACCGUAUCUCCCAUAAACAAUACUGGGAAGCUAAUUGGGGCCAACACCAGCUGUUACAAAAGCGAGCACAAACUCCAUUCUACACCUUCGGGGACGGUAAGCUUCAUCAUCAUCGCGACAAAAUCCCCAAAUUUACCAAGAAAACGAUUGACUACAGUGCUAUAAACUACGACCUUGCCAUCUCAAAGUUUCUUCCAGGUGCAGACUCCGAGUUCCUCGUCAAGUUCAAGGCGCUAGCGGCCCUCAAACUGGGCUUCCAUACCAUUCUUUUGCCUGAUAGUGGACUCCACAAGAUUAUGGCGAGCAUAAAAUUCGAUGUCGACCCUCAAUAUAAUUGUGUUGGAUUCAGUCACGAAGACAAUGUCAUCAUCAGUCUUGCAUGCAACAUGUUUGACCGGUUUUUUGCUCGGUGGUUCAUCAAAUCGCCUCAGGAUGCUGAGACCUGGUUGAUGAAUGUGUUACUCGCCUAUGACGCUGAGCCUCAAUUAAUAUCAGACACUGCCAUCCAGCAAGCCAUCGCCCACUUCCGCGAGCUUGUCAUCGAGCCGCCGUCACUGGAAACAUGGUUUAGCGCCAACCGCCAAUGGACCGAUACAUCUACGGAACUGACGCCAUGGGCCGAAAAGGUGUUGACCCUUUUAGACGAUUAA